AGCAGAACGUAAAAGAUGAAUGUACUAAGUGUGAAGCCUUUAUCAUGGAGAAUCUCUCCUUUUAUUCUUCCUUGCAACAAAUAUGUAAAUGUUUCCAAUGGAUUAGGUGAUGAACAUGAUGGUGUACAGAAAAAAACCUUCACAAAAUGGAUCAAUGCACGCUUUGCAAAGGGUGGAAAGCCAUCAAUCAAGGAUCUAUUUGUCGACCUCCGAGAUGGCCGAAAACUCUUAGAUCUUCUAGAAGGACUCACAGGAUGUGUGUUGACCAAAGAACGUGGCACUACCAGGGUACAUGCUCUCAACAACGUCACCCGAGUGCUGCAUGUGCUACAGCAGAAUAAUGUUGAGCUGGUGAAUAUUGGUGGAACUGAUAUUGUGGAUGGAAACCAUAAACUGACACUUGGACUUAUUUGGAGUAUAAUUCUACACUGGCAGGUCAAGGAUAUAAUGAAAGCUAUUAUGUCAGAUCUGCAUCAGACAAACAGUGAGAAGAUUCUGCUGAGUUGGGUCCGUCAGUCAACCCGACCUUACAAACAAGUAAAUGUUCUGAAUUUUACAACCAGCUGGGCUGAUGGGCUUGCUUUCAAUGCCAUUCUUCAUAGGCACAGACCAGGUUUGUUCAGCUGGGAUAAAAUUACGAAAAUGUCUGCAGUGAAUCGCCUGGAACAUGCUUUUGACAUGGCUAAAAAGCACUUGGAGAUAGAAAGACUGCUGGACCCUGAAGAUAUUGCUGUUUGCCUUCCUGACAAGAAAUCCAUCAUCAUGUAUGUGACUUCUUUAUUUGAGGUACUCCCUCAACAAGUCACAAUGGAGGACAUUCUUGAAGUGGAGACCCUACCAAGGCAGUACAAAGUUGAAUGUGCAGAAGGUCCUUUAUCACGUCAACAGACUGUAACCUCCGAAAAGAAGCCCCUCAACUCUCGGGCUGAAACUUCCAGUACAGUGCCUGAGAUGGAUGUGGACUUGGAUGGUUAUCAGGCAGUUUUGGAGGAGGUUCUAACAUGGCUAUUGUCAGCUGAGGACGCGUUUCAUAUGCAAGAUGACAUAUCCUCUGACGUUGAGGAGGUGAAGGAACAGUUUCACAUUCAUGAGGGAUUUAUGAUGGAGCUGACGGCACAUCAGAGUAAUGUGGGUAAUGUACUUCAGGCUGGAAACCAGCUCAUUGCACAGGGCAAUCUCACAGAAGAGGAGGAAAAUGAGAUCAGAGAACAAAUGUCUUUGCUUAAUUCUAGAUGGGAAAGCCUGAGAGUUGCCAGCAUGGACAGACAAGCCAAGCUUCAUGAGGUUCUCAUGGAAUUGCAGCAGCAGCAAUUGUGCCAGCUUUCAGAUUGGCUCACUCGGACAGAAGCACGUAUUCAAAAGCUGGAAGCACACUCCGCAUUAAAUGAAUUUGAGUCCUUCAAACAGCAGAUUGAUGAACAUAAACUAUUGCAAAGUGACUUGGAGACAGAGCAGGUGAAAGUGAACUCUCUGACACACAUGGUUGUGGUAGUGGAUGAGAACAGUGGCGAGAGUGCUACAGCUGCAAUGGAGGACCAGUUGCAGUCGCUGGGUGAGCGUUGGGCAGCUGUUUGUCGUUGGACAGAAGAGCGAUGGCGCCUGCUGCAGGAUAUUUUUGUAAAGUGGCAGCAACUAUCAGCGGAUCAGCAGCUGCUUAAGGCUUGGCUGACUGAGAAGGAAGAUGUUCUCACUGCAAUGCAAACCAGCAGCUUUAGGGAUCAGCGCAAGACUGGAGAGAAUAUUUGCAGUUUGGCAAUUUUGAAGGAAGAUCUACAAAUGAAGCGUCCUACAUUGGACCAUCUGGAUGAACUUGAUCAAGAUUUAGCGGAUUUACUCAAAAAUAGUAAUUUAUCAAAGAACAUUAACAGUGGUGUGGAAGAGCUAUCACAAAGAUGGGACAAUUUGGUGCAACAGCUGGAAGAUUACUCCAAACAGGUGUCUCAGGCACCGUCUGAGUUGGGACUAACUCCGAUCAGCCCUGUGGAAAUGGUAGAAAUAACAACAGAAUGUUCAGUUCAGAAGCAGGGAUUGGUACCUCUUCCACCACCCAAGAAAAGACAACUUUGCAUGGAUGUAGAGUCCAAGAAAAGAUUUGAUGCUGAUGCAGGUGAGCUGCUGAGUUGGAUUGGUAAAUCAAAGUGUAAGGUCGAUGCCAUGAUAUUCAAUGAUUUCAGCAGGCAGAAAAAUAUAUCUGGCAUGAAGGCAAAGGUGAAGGCUUUGGAAAAGGAGAAGGUUGAAAAAGACAGACAAUCAAAGUCAUUAAAGCUGGUGGGACAAGCCUUGCUUGAAUCAAUGGAGAAAGAAGGACUACCAACAGAGGAAGUAAACCACGUACUGGAAAAUCUGUCAGUAGAAUGGAAAGAUAAUAACCAGCAAAUGGACAAGCUGAAUAGAAAAUUGCAGUAUCAAGAGAACAUUAACUGUAUUUAUUCGGAACUGCAAGACAUUGAAAAAACUCUGCAAUCCAAAGAAGACUGGCUGAAAUGUGCAAAUAGUGCUGCAUUGAAGGAAUCCUGUGAGUAUGAAAUCAGCCAACUGAAUGAAAUAGCUCCGCUAGUAAAGAAAUUGCUAGCUCAUGGAGAAGUCCUUAGCAAUGAGCCUGAAGCUCCAAGCUUCCUCCAGGAAGACCUUAGUAAUUUCAAUAACCGAUUCAGGUCACUUCUGCAGAAACUACAGAGCAAGCACCAUGUACAAUUCGGGUUAGAAAGUCCUUGGAGUGUCGAUGCUGUAAAGUCGCUGAAAACGUUGCUUGACCGAUCCGAGGCCCAAGUUAUAUCAGAUUGGAAUACAGUUAUUACACUGGAAGCUGCUCAGAAUACAUUAAAAUACACAGCGAUUCUACGAGAUGAUUUGACAAGCCAUCAGCCUGAAAUGGAUAAGCUCACAGCUGAGACUCAAAGCAUGGGGGAGGAGCUGAUGUCUUCUCCGGACACGUAUAACCUAGAAUUGGACGCAAUUCAAACACGGUGGAGAAGGCUGAUGACAAAACUUCAGGGUGACUGUCAGAUACUGGAAGACACUAUAUCCAAACUGCAGCAAUUUCAGAAACAUGCAGAUGCCGUGGAAACAUGGGUAGAUAAUGCAGAGACCUUCUUGUCCAAGGAGACCAUCACGUCAGGCAAAAAAGAGGAGUUCUGGCAGCAGGUGGAGCAGUGCAUGACAUUUGUGAAAGAAAUUCAGAAUGUAGAGUCCAAUUUGACAUCAAUGAAUGAGAUCCAUGAAUCAUUGAAAAAGCAGCCAAUGAUAGCCAUCUCCAAUUCUGUGAUAUCUCGUAUGGUUGAUUGCCGCACACGAUUUGAAAGUGUGAGCAACCAGAUUAUGUCUCAGCAGGCAAGAUUGUCUGAAGGCCAUGAGAAGACAUUGAACUUGAAGAAAGAUCUUGUGGAAAUGCGUGAGUGGACCAUGCAAGCUGAAGAAGAAUAUUUAGAGAAAGACUUUGAAUAUAAGUCACCUGAAGAAUUAGAGACUGCUUUAGAGGAGAUGAAGCGAGCAAAAGAGGAGGUGCUGCAGAAAGAAGUUAGAGUGAAGAUUCUGAAAGACAAUAUAAAUUCAGUUCUUAAGAAAAUUCCACCCAGUGAUCAGGAACAGAUGUCCAGGGAUCUUAAUGCGAUGAUGGAGAAUUACAAGAGGCUUUGUGACAGGAUUGAACGAAAAUAUUUGACUUUAAAGGAGGUAUGGUCUUGCUGGUGUGAGUUGCUCCAUUACUUGGACAUAGAAAAUAAUUGGUUAAAGAAUCUGGAGGAGAUGUUGUACACCACAGAAAAUAUACCAAAUGGUGCUGAAGCGGUCAGUGAGGCCCUUGAGUCCCUCGAGUCUGUACUCCGUCAUCCAGCAGAUAAUCGAACACAAAUCCGUGAACUAGGUCAGACGCUGAUUGAUGGUGGAAUAUUGGAUGAACUUAUAAGUGAAAAACUGGAGGUAUUCAAUGCUCGGUAUGAAGAGCUCAGUCAUCAGGCUGUGAACAAGCAAAUCUCAUUGGAGCAGCACUUACAAAUGUCUCAAGAAAAUGAACAGCGAAUACAUGACCUGCAGGAGUCACUUGGAUUGUUGGACAAGCAGUUAACCUUGUAUUUAACAGAUCGCAUAGAUGCCUUACAAAUGCCACAAGAAGCUCAGAAAAUUAAAACAGAUAUUGCAGCCUAUGAAGCCAGCUUAGAGGAAAUGAAGAUGAAAAAUACGAGGGGCCUGCCUUUCUUAGAUAGCAAACCUCACCCUCGUAGUGGGCCUCAAUUGGAUUUGCUUCAGAGGAAACUUCGAGAAGUGUCAACAAAAUUCCAACUUUUCCAGAAGCCAGCAAAUUUUGAGCAGCGCAUGUUAGAUUGUAAACAUGUGUUGGACAGCGUUCGAACAGAACUGCAUGUAUUGGACAUGAGGAGUGUUGAGCCUGAGGAAAUACAGCCCCAAUUGGAUAAUUGUAUGAAACUGUAUAAAACACUGAGCGAAGUGAAGCUUGAGGUGGAGACUGUAAUAAAGACUGGGCGACAAAUUGUUCAGAAACAGCAGACUGACAACCCCAAAUUAAUGGAUGAGCAAUUAACAGCUCUGAAACUCUUGUACAAUGAAAUGGGAGCACAGGUCACUGAAGGUAAGCAGGAUUUGGAAAAGGCCUUGCAUCUAUCUCGCAAGUGGAAGAAAGAGGCCAAGUCAUUUUCAGAAUGGUUGGCAGCUAAAGAAGAUGAAGUGAUUCAAAGAUCAUCUUCCAGUGAAAUGCCUGCUAACUUAGAUUCAGAGAUCAAGUGGACCAGACAAAUUCUGAAAGAAUUGGAGGUGAAGAAAACUGAACUGGGUAAUAUCACUGAGAAUAGUGCUGCACUGCAGAGUCUGAUAGAAGGCAGCAGUCAUGUUUUGGAGGAUAAAAUGUGCACACUGAAUGCUGCUUGGAACAAGGUCCACACUCUGACACAGGGGUGGGGUGACAAACUGCUGGAUUAUCAAAAACAAAUGGAAGGCUUUGAUCAAAAUGUUGCACACAUAAGCACCUGGCUGUAUCAAACGGAAAUUCUGUUAGAUGAGAUUGCUAAGAAACCAGACUGUGAAAGAGAAGAAAUACUUAAGCGUUUUCAAUUUGAACUGGAUGGAAUCAGUUUGCAAGUUGAUGAUAUACGUGACCAAGCUGUUUCCCUUAUGAAAAAUAAUGGUACCAUGUGCCGCGAAGUGGUGGAGCCAAAGCUAAUUGAACUGAAUCGCAAUGUUGAGAGAGUUUCUCAGCACAUCAAAUCUGCAAAAAUGGAGGCAGCAAUUAAAGACCCUGCACGUCAUGAAAAUGGGUCAAGACCAGGUAUGGAUACCAACCAGGUUUCAUCCAUCAAUCUCGAUCGCUUUGAAGCUGAGCUUCAAAACAAGCUAGAAGACCUGGAGAGAAGGUUACAAUGUAAUGAGGAGAUCCAAGAUGAUGAUGAAAAGGUGGAUGAAGAAGAAGCGGAUGUGGAGGAAAUGCUACAAGAAGGAGAGCGACUGCUACAACUGACUGAUAAUGAUAGGAAACAGAAACAAAUCCGCAAAAAACUAAUUCUAUUACAGACAAAACAUGCCUCUGUUAAGGCAACAAAGUUAAUGCAGAAGGAGCAAGUAGGAGGGCAGUCACCUCGAUGGUUGCAGUAUAAGAAAGAGGAAAACGAGUUCCUACAGUGGCUUGAUGACAUUGAGGAGCAACUGUUCACCGCUUCUAGCUCAGAAGACCAGAAGAGAUUACAGGAACUGACCCAAGACUUUGAACAACGACGGGAAGACUUCAAUGUCUUAACACAGAAGGCACAAGAUCUAAUACAGUAUCGUGCCUCUUCAGGGCAGGACCCCAUUAGUGUGGAAAAGCGCUGGUGUCAGAUAGAAACUCUGUUUUCCAAUUAUCAAACGCACCCUUUGAAAUGUCCAGAAAUGCAAGUUAUCACUGCUCAUUAUACCACAAGUGCAGGGACGACUUCGCAGUAUUUCCCAUCAGAUUAUCUUCUGGCCGUAAACAAGGCAUUGCUUGCUCUGACUGAUGUUGAACUAGUAUUGAAUGCACCAGAAUUGAAUAAUGGAAAAUAUGAGGAUUUCUCAAGACAGGAAGAUUCCUUAAAGAAUAUAAAGGACAUGCUGGAGAAACUUGGAGACCAAAUUGAAGAUAUUCAUGAGAAUCAGCCUGAUGCCCUCCUUGAAGCUUCUGCAGCUGAUGUUGUCCAAAUAGGUGACACACUAACGCAGCUUCAUGCACAAUGGGAUCGAGUGAAUAGAAUGUAUAAUGAUCGCAAAAGCCAUUUCGAUAAGGCUGUGGAGGAAUGGAGACAAUUUCACUGUGACUUAAAUGAUCUGAAUCAGUGGGUGAUGGAAGCUGAGCAGUUAUUGUCUGUUGCCCGAGACCAAGAUGGUACCCUGGACUUGGAGGAAGCCAGGAUUCACCAACAGGAGCUGGAAGAAAGUCUCAGCAGUCACCAGCCAGUAUAUAUUACUUUAAAUGCCUCUGGCAGAGAUAUCAUACAGGAUCUUUCAACAGCAGAUGGAUGUCUCCUACAGGAGAAGCUCAAUGGAUUAAAUAAACGCUGGGCAGCUAUUUCUUCAGAGAUCAAAGAUCGGCAUCGUAGGUUGGGUGGAGAUAGCCAACAAUGCUCUGAUUUAAAGAAUCAGAUGGAUGAAUUUGGUUUGUGGUUGGAUACGGUACAGAACUCUUUAAGGGCUGUGCAUUCACCGCCGACAGCACAUGAUCUGGAGGAAUUGAAGGUUGCAGCAACAGACCUCAAGUUGCGCAGUGACAAUUUAACCUUGAUGAACAGCAUUACACAGGAUAUACUUUCAGACAAAAACCUAAGUCUACAAGAGAGAGACAAACUUUCUGCAAAGCAUAGAAUUAUCAAUUCAAACUGGAAUAAGAUGUGCAAAGAACUGUCUGUUAAAGUGAAAGAAAUUGAGAUUCACCUCCAGGACUAUGCUGACUUCAAAGAAAACCUGGAGAAGUUGUCCAACUGGGCAGUAGUUACAAGACUGAAGCUCCAGCACAGAGGACCAUCUUCACCAGGAGGCACACAACUUCAGUUAUUAGAAGCUGCUGUGAUGAGCCACCAAACUGACAUUGAGGCUACUCUCGCUACAGCUUUGGAGUUGGACAGGAAAAGUCAUUUGCUCCCUGAAGAAAAGAGUAAGGUGGCACAACUUUCUGCUGACUGGAAAGCUAUCAACAAUAUUUUGAAAGAUCUUAAUGAUCAGUGCUUCGUGGGAUGGAGUCAGCAUAUGUCACAACCAAAGGUUAAAGUAGUUCACUCCACUGUUCAAACAGUCACCCUGGUGUCAGCAAUGCCUCCGUCUCCUGGAGCCAGUCCGUUGGGUCUACGCGAUGACUUCCCCUCAAAUUCUGAAUCAUUGAUGCCGGCAGAUCUGGAUAAAUCAGCUGUGGAGCUCAUUGACUGGCUGACACUCAUUGAUCAGAUGAUCAAAUCAAACAUAAUUACUGUUGGAGAUCUGGAAGAGAUUAAUGAAACAAUUGUACGCCUGAAGACUACAAAGAAUGAUUUGGAACAGCGACGACCACAGCUCGAUGCUAUUUUUACACUGGCUCAGAACUUGAAGAAUAAAACGGCUGAUAUGGAGGAGCGAGCUGCAAUUACUGAGCGAUUGGUGAGGGUGCAGAACCAAUGGGACAACACACAGCACAGAUUGGAGGCACGGCAGCAACAGCUGGAAGAAUUACUCAGUGACAGCAUACAUUGGGAGGAGGAUUUGCAGGCAACUGAGCGACUGGUUGGUCAGAGUGAAAUCCACCUGCAGUCGGUGCUCCAUGUCACUUCAGAGCCACUUGCCCCACAGUUGGCAGAAAGCAAGCAAUUCUUAGAAGAAUUGCACAAAGGGCAGUUUACAGUGUCAUCAUUCAAAGACUUGUCCAGUAAACUACUCCGGGUUUAUGCAGCAGAUGAUACUCGGAAGGUGAAAGAGGUUAAAGACGGCAUUGAUACCUCCUGGAAUAAUAUCAAUCAAAGAGCCAGUGAGAGAGUUGAAAAGCUGGAGAGUGAACUAAAGCAGCUACAGAACUUGCUUCAGGAGUUAGAGGGUUGUCUUCGGUGGUUGCAGGAUACUGAAAGUGCAGCUGAUAUCUUGGCCAGUGCAGUUGAAAAAGAAGACACACUGCAGGAUAGUGCUGACGUGAAGGAACUCAAACACAGAUUGCAAGAUAUCCAGGCUGAAAUUGAUGCUCACAAUGACAUCUUUAAGAGUAUUGAUGGCAACAGACAUAGAAUGGUGAAGGUUUUGGGAAAUUCAGAGGAAGCUGCCUUGCUCCAGCAUCGACUUGAUGAUAUGAACCAGCGAUGGAGUGACCUAAAGACCAAAUCUGUCAAUAUCAGGGCUCAUUUGGAAGCCAACAGAGAACGUUGGAACCAGUUGCUCACAUCGUUAGAAGAACUAUGUAAGUGGUUGAAGCUCAAGAACGAGGCGCUGACAAAACAGAUGCCCAUUGGAGGUGAUGUUCAGACUCUACUACAGCAACAUGAUCAUUGUCAGGCACUCAGACAAGAACUAAUGGAUAAGGAGGUGACGAUUGUAACUGCCCUGGAUUCAGCUCGCUUAUUCCUUGCAGAUCAGCCCAUAGAUGGGCCAGAGGAGCCACGCCGACACCUUCAUGUUAAAACAGAAUCUACCCCGGAAGAGAGAGCCCAGAGAAUUGCCAAAGCUGUUCGCAAACAAUCAACAGAAGUGAAGGAAAAUUGGGAACUGUUGAACACCCAUGCAAGCAACUGGCAGAAACAGGUGCAAAAGGCAUUGGAGAAACUUCAAGAACUGCAGAAAGCUAUGGAUGAUCUUGAGGCUCAUGUGAUAACAGCUGAAGGGAUCCGUACUGAAUGGCAACCUGUGGGUGACCUGCUUAUUGACUCCUUGCAGGAUCACAUUGACAAAGCCACAGCUUUUAAAGAAGAAAUUGCCCCGGUGAAGCAAGAAGUGAAAAUAUUAAAUGAUCUGGCUAGUCAGUUAUCUCCACUUGAUGUCUUUUUAUCUCCAAAGAUUUCUCACCAGCUUGACGACCUAAAUAUGAGAUGGAAGCUUAUACAGGUUGCUGUUGAGGAUCGGAUCAAGCAAUUACAAGAGGCAUACCGGGAUUUUGGUCCUUCAUCACAACACUUUCUUUCUACCUCCGUUCAGUUGCCUUGGCAGAGAGCUGUAUCACACAACAAUAAAGUGCCAUAUUACAUCAACCACCAGACUCAGAGUACUUGUUGGGACCAUCCAAAAAUGACUCAACUGUUUCACUCAUUAGGUGAUUUAAACAACGUGCGUUUUUCUGCUUACCGGACAGCAAUGAAGAUCCGCCGACUCCAGAAAGCGCUCUGUUUGGAUCUGUUGGAGUUGCACACAGCACAACGCAUCUUCGAUCAGCACAAAUUGACACAAAAUGAGCAACUUCUGAAUGUGACUGAAGGAAUCAACUGUUUAACAACCAUUUAUGAUGGUUUGGAACAAAACCACAAGGACUUGGUCAAUGUGCCACUCUGUGUCGACAUGUGUUUAAACUGGCUGCUGAACGUCUUUGAUACGGGUAGGAGUGGAAGAAUCAGAGUGCUGUCUUUGAAAAUUGGCUUGAUGUGUCUAUCCAAGGGUCACCUGGAGGAAAAAUACAAGUAUCUCUUCAAACAAGUAGCUGAAUCCACAGACUUGUGCGACCAACGAAGCUUGAGCCUUUUGCUUCAUGAUGCAGUCCAGAUCCCUCGGCAGCUGGGCGAGGUAGCUUCAUUUGGAGGCAGCAACAUUGAACCAAGUGUCCGCAGUUGCUUCCAACAUGGCCAGAACAAACCAGAGAUUGAUGUUAAACACUUCGUGGAAUGGAUGAGACUGGAGCCUCAGUCCAUGGUCUGGCUGCCUGUUCUACACCGUGUGGCAGCUGCUGAAACUGCAAAACAUCAAGCAAAGUGUAACAUCUGCAAAGAGUGCCCAAUCAUAGGUUUCAGGUACCGCAGCCUCAAACACUUCAACUAUGAUAUCUGCCAAAGCUGUUUCUUUUCAGGAUGCACAGCAAAGGGACACAAGUUGCAUUACCCAAUGGUGGAGUACUGCACUCCCACAACAUCAGGUGAAGAUGUGCGUGAUUUCACCAAGGUGCUGAAAAAUAAGUUCAGAUCAAAGAAAUACUUUGCCAAACAUCCUCGCUUAGGUUAUUUGCCAGUGCAAACAGUCCUGGAAGGCGAGAACCUUGAGAUUCCUGUCACAGUUAUCAGUAUGUGGCCUGAACAGUAUGACCUUACACAGUCUCCACAACUGACUCAAGAUGACACGCAUUCGAGAAUAGAACAUUAUGCCAACAGGUUGGCACAGAUGGAGAGAAAGAAUGGCUCUCUGCUUACAGACAGUAGCUCAACCACAGGAAGUAUUGAUGAUGAGCAUAUACUGAUUCAACAGUACUGUCUGACACUGGGGAGAGAAUCGCCCAUAAGUCAGCCCCAGAGUCCUGUGCAGAUCCUCAAAUCGGUGGAGAAAGAGGAGCGGAGCGAGUUAGAAUGCAUCAUUGCCAAUCUUGAAGAGGAGCAAAGAAAUCUGCAAGCUGAAUAUGAAAGGUUAAAGCAACAGCAAAGUCCACGAGAUGUAAAACCCCUCCCAUCACCACCCUUAUCAGCAGUUCAGCAAAAUUAUCAAGAUGCUGAGCUCUUGGCUGAGGCUAAGCUUCUACGACAACACAAAGGGCGACUUGAGGCCAGAAUGCAGAUAUUGGAGGACCACAACAAACAACUGGAGUCACAGCUGUGUCGACUGCGAAAACUCCUGGAAGAGCCAUUGACAGAAGCCAAACUGAAUGGAGUUACUCCUGUUUCCCCAACUGCAUCUUUUCAGCUUGCUGAAAAUAGUCAAGCCUAUAAUGAAGACUUCAGCUCACAGACAGAUGAUUUAUUGAUUCCACCUGAGGACACAAGUACAGAUCUCACUGAUGUUAUGGAGCAAAUCAACAGUUCGUUCCCGGUUUGCAACCCAAAUUUUGCGACAAGGCAACAGGUCAUGAUGUAAUAAUAUGUUCCAUGCAAAAGUCACAAACAUUGAGACAACUGCUUCCUAUAAUGACCAACAGCAGCUGAGAAUCAUAAGAAAAUUCAUUGGGACCUUCAAAGAAUUAUCAAUUCCACUAAACUGUCUCAGUGAAGGAGUUUAUCUCUGGAGACUCAACAACUCGUAAUUUUAACUAUUGUGUCUCCCUCUUUGCUUCUUUUACUAUGCAAAUGUAAAAUAACGAAGUAUAAAAUGUUGAACUCUGAAAAGUGCACCAUUAUAUAUAAAAAUAAACAGCAGCAUUUAGGGAGGGGGGUCUUUUCUUUCACUCUGGUAUGAGAGAAUUGUGAUGGGAAUGUGUGUGCAUUUUAGAGUGUUUUUUUAAAACGGACUACUCUCUCAGAUGCCACCCUCUCAGAAAACAGAGCCUUACAGGUGUGGUUCUGAAUUUUGGCUGUUUGCCUUGAAUUUUGGCUGUUUGCCUACAACCUUGGUUCAUUUUGAAAUACUGCCAUAGUCUUGCAAAAAUGAUAGGGAGAUUUAUUUUUCUUCUAUAGUGUGAAUUGCUGUGCCCAAACAAAUUGUACAAGUAGGGUGAUAAUUUUAAUGCAUUAAAACAAUAUAAAGCCAUGACCAGUUUUCUACCUCAUACCCUCCUUUCUUCAAAAAUGGAUCUUCCAUAAUAAAUCAAUGAGCAUCAGCCUAAGUUGCUACAGAUUCAAAAACAAGCCCCCAUCAAACAUUCCCCCCCCCCCCCCCUCCCCAAAUGUUGUGAUUUGUGGCCAAUAGGCAGGCUGCACCACUUCACCAUAAACUGUCUCAUCUUAUUUAGUUCUGUCAUUGAUUGACAUUACAUUUUAACCUGUAAUGUGCAUUACCUUCUGGGUAUACAGACUAUAUCUUAAAUCCUGAUCACACCUGAUAUCACUACAUAUGUCACUCAAAAUAAAGUUUGUUUAUUCAACAUUGCAA